CACUCCAGUCCACGUUGUGUGAAGGCCUCUCGCGAUAUUUCGCGUACUGUGCGUCUGCGUGCACAGCACGACUAAGCCGUAAUCAAAAUGUGGACUCUGCUUCUCUUGGUAGUGGAGGCUGCAGCAGCGCAAUAUGAAGAUGUCUGCGGGCACCCUGUGAUAGAACCUCACCUGUCCGACCGCAUCCUUGGUGGCCAAGAAGCCACACCAGGUAGCUGGCCAUGGCACGCAGGGAUCUACAAGAAACGGGUCGUUCCGGAACACUUCUGCGCCGGAGCACUCAUAACCCGGAAGCAUGUCUUAACAGCGGCUCAUUGUUUCAAGGGCAUGCCGUCCAGUAUGGUGCAAGUCCAUCUAGGCUCACACACCCGGGACGGACUUGAUAAAGGAGAACAAUUUUUCGAUGUAGAAGAGAUCUGUGUACAUCCGAGAUACGUGAAGGGUAACGCUAACGAUAUCGCCAUCGUAACGUUGAAGAAUGAAGCUGAAUUUACGGACACCGUCCAGCCAAUAUGUCUCCCAGGAAACAGUGACCACGUUCCUGCCGGCACAGACGUAUACCUAGCUGGUUGGGGAAUAUCUAACGUAACCACGGAAACAAUGUCUCCGCAUCUGAAACAGAUGAGAACCAGGACGGUUUCUGACGACCAAUGUAACACGACCUACAGGUACCAGCCUCCCGACGGUGUUUUCUGUGCAAGCCAUGAAGGAGCGGGGUCGUCUUGCAAAGGAGACAGCGGGGGGCCUCUGGUGCGGAAGGUCGGAGACCGGUGGGUUCUGCAGGGAGUCCUUACAGGAGGACCCAGAGGAUGCGGUCUGCGCCAUGAGCCCAUGCUUUUCACGGAUGUAACCUAUUUCAUGGCUAGCUUUACCAGUGCUUUCCUUAAUGCGGAGAAUCGCGCGCAAAAGUUGCACAUAUGCACCAUGUCUGAAAGCUGAAAUGA